AUGUGGCAUCAGAGCGUCGUCAGCGUGUGCGAGCAGGACCGGCUCCUGAACCACCAGAACGCGCUGACCAGUGCCACGGAGGCGCGGCCCGGCUCGGCCUUGCCUCUCGAGUGGCCUCCGGAUAUCGUUUGCGAGGAGGUUGAAGCUGCUGCUGUGAAGGCUGCAGAGGCAGCUGAGACAUCCAAGGAGAGUCACGAGACUUUCGUCAAGGCCCUUUUUGAUGCGGAGAGCCAACUGGGCCUCGUCGACCAGCGUGGCGCUGCCACAGGCGACUGCGCUGCCGACGCUGCGCCGGACAAGUUAAAGAAAGCUCAGAAGGCACUGGACAAGUUGAAGACUUCGAUGGAGAGCAACUUGUUCCGUCAGGUGGAGUAUGAGACUGUGGAGGAGGAUGUUCUCAAAGUCGAGCCAGGCCGCGAACGGGAACGGCACCGCCUGGAACAAUUGGUCGCGAAGGCCAUUCAGCGUGCCGAAAAUUCACGCGAAGCGGUGCUGAAGGAAGUACAACAUUUCGUGGAGGCUGGCAUGUGGUUUGCAGAGUCUCUGCAGAAAACGCAGAAGCGGCCAGUUCGGAUGGACCAGGUCAAAGCGGUCCAAUCCACUGUGAAGGCUGCAUUCCGUCAGCUGCCAAAAGCUUGGCAAGCUGUGCGCAGCGCCAGAGAGGCGCAGGCGAAAGUUGGAGCCCAGCGACGCAAGGUGGCCCUGCGCCGAGCCACAGCUGUACAGACAAAGGCGGAGUCUGAGGCAACUGUCCAAAGCGCAUCGAGUGAGCAGAAGGAGGCGGAGGCAGAAGAAGCCCAGCUGCGCAGCGAGCGCAGUGCAAGGGAGUCCGACCUGGCAGCCGCAGAGGUUGCCCGUCAAACCGCUCACCAGCGGGAGGUCGACAUGAAACGGCGUCGUGAUGAGCUGAAGGCCCAGCAACCAGCCGCAAGGGAUGCGGUGAAGGCUGCCCGUGCUGCAGAGCGCGAGGCGGAUGCUGAGCGCAAGGCUCUACAUGCGAGAGCCGAGAAGCGCGAGAAGGAGCAAGAGUUGCUGGAAGAGGCAAAGAGCACUGCCGUCAGACAGCUCAAGAACGAGGCAUACGACGCCAACCAGGUGGAGCUUGCCUACGAGGAACGGAGAGGCAGCAAGAAGGCUCAGGAAUGA